GAAUCCCAUGCUACGCCACUGUAAAAUCAUAGUUUUAAAACCUGAUGAAGUUAUUUGGUCAGAGGGUCGUCUAGAGCGGGCUUUGUCUUAUACGUAGAUUCCGAGUCUUUUGAUUGGAUAUAAAAGUUAAUGUGCAGUUUCAAUUGUUUGUGUAGGGUCAGGACAGGAGUGUGUGUGGUAGUGCAUCUUAGAUUUUUGAUGACUCAAGGACUAUGAUGACCACAGAUUGCACGGAUGACAAUAAUGGAUAUUGUGCAGCCUAUCAGCAAAAGAUAAAUUACGUGCAUUAUAAAGUUAAAAGUUUUGAACUUACCGUCAUUGUCACAAUCAAAGUAGCACUUAUAUCUUGACGUUGAUGGCAUUCCGCCCUAAGACGAUCCACUGGACGCAUUUUCUAGUCCUAAAUACGGUGCCGGGUCAAUGUAAAAGCAGUCGAUCGAGGUUCCAAAAUACAAAGCCGGGUCAAUGAAAAUGCAGUAGAUCACAGGUCCAAAAUACGAAGCCAGGUCAAUCACAGAAGCAGUCAGUAUCAGAGUCCAGGAACACGCAACAAUCGUAAUAAAAAAACCAGAAAAUAACACUCAGAAUAAACCAACACGUUAGAAAACGGAAAACGGUUUAAUUUAAAAGUAUGGUCGACUGUCAAUGUCAAUCGUCAGUGUUUCAAGUGGUUUCAAGUAGUGUGAUUAUUGUGAUUAACUAAGACGUCCUCAUAGAUAAAAAAGAAUUAAAAAUAAAUCAUAAAAUUAUUUAAUUACAAUAUUUGUUAAUAUUUCUAAUCACAAAACUUUUUUUAGAUUUGUUAUUAAAUCGAUGAAAUAUCGGUCUAAGGUGCAGUGACAUCUAGUGACUAAAACGAAGUACAAAUACCCAAGUUACGGGGCAUCCGUCACUAGAUGGCGCAUUUCUAAAAAAAAACCUCAGAAAAUUAUUGUACUUCAGUUGCAUCCCCAUGGUGGCGUAGCUUGUUCAGCUGCUCGUCGAAGCGGCUGUCGGACGGUCGCCUCUCAGCGAGUCAGCGUACGAUGUAGCGGCCAUUUUUGUUCUUAGUUCAUAAUAGCGUGCGCAUAUUUUAAUGUAUUUCGAAGGACAUUUAGGCAAUUUUCACGAUGACUAUUAUAGUUUUCCUAAUAGAUACUUCAGCUUCUAUGAACCAAAGAGCUUAUUUGGGCGGACGCCCAACAUUGCUCGAUGUAGCCAAGGGCGCUGUGGAAACGUUCGUAAAGGUUCGUCAACGUUCCCCCGAAAGCAGAGGCGACAGGUAUAUGCUUCUAACUUUCGAAGAACCACCCGCGAACAUCAAGGCUGGUUGGAAAGAGAACCUAGCAACAUUUAUAAAUGAACUAAAGAAUUUGCAAUGUCUGGGCUUGACAACAAUGGGUGCGGCCUUGAAGCAUGCCUUUGAUGUUCUGAACAUAAAUCGCAUGCAGACUGGUAUUGACACAUAUGGCCAGGGAAGAUGUCCAUUCUAUCUUGAACCUUCUGUGAUUGUUGUUAUUACUGAUGGAGGGAAGCUUUCAAGCAAUGCAGGCAUUCAAGAAGAGUUCAAUUUGCCGAUGAACUGCCCAAUACCUGGUUCCGAGUUGACUCGCGAGCCGUUUCGAUGGGACCAAAGACUAUUUUCGCUGGUGCUAAGGCUUGCUGGGACGCCGGCUGUCGAGAGCACUGGCCUAGUGCCUUCAGACUCUUCGCCUAUCGACGCGAUGUGUGAAGUUACUGGCGGUCGCUCAUACUGCAUCACUUCCCAUCGCAUGCUGAUGCAGUGCAUCGACAGUUUGGUGCAGAAAGUGCAGAGUGGGGUGGUGAUCAACUUCGAGAAGAUUGGCCCCGACCCGCCGCCUAUUGACGGGGCUAACAGCAGGGAGGGAGAGGGGGAUGAUGCCAUCCAUGAGGGGGAGAAAGAUAUUGACGGUGAUGGGGAGAGAAAUGGGCGUUGGAACAGCGGCCAGUAUCAGACCCAGAGCGGUCAAGGAGCCCCCCAAGCGUGGCACUCGUGCCGCCGCCUCAUCUACGUGCCGCGGACGGUCGCGCAGAAGGGCUUCGCUGUCGGCUUCUGGCCUAUACCGGAGUCCUUCCGAUCCGACCCUAACGCGCAGACAUUGCCACCUCGUUCUGCACAUCCAGUGGUCAAGUUUACUUGUUCCAGUCAAGAGCCUAUGGUGAUUGACAAUCUGCCUUUUGACAAGUAUGAAUUGGAGCCCAGUCCACUCACGCAGUUUAUAUUGGCUAGGAAACAGCCCACUAUAUGCUGGCAGGUCUUUGUCGCCAACAGCGGUUGCAAGAACUCUGAAAUCAACCAUCCUUUCGGUUAUCUAAAGGCGUCGACCAACCUGACUUGCGUGAACUUAUUCGUAUUGCCGUACAACUACCCGAUGUUAUUGCCUCUUUUGGACGAUCUGUUCAAAGUGCAUCGAUGCAAGCCCACGCCAGAGUGGAAGCUCGCGUUCCAACAUUAUCUGGAUAGGAUGCCUUCUUACUAUGUUGCGGUGAUUUGUAUCGAAGUAUGGAAAAAAACAUCACUGAUCAAUAUUUGCAAGACAUCGUAUAUUUCUGCUACAGCAAUUUAUAAAAUCAUUUUUUCUUAUUUCAGCCUCCGAAGAGCACUGACUAAAAUGGGAGCAUCAGCACAACUACUGCAGAGCUUGAUUCCCGAUUCUCAAGACAACUCGCUCAGUUUCUCCGUAUUGAACUAUUUGAAAAGACUGAAAAAUCAAGCUAAGGUAGAAUUCGAGAAACUAUGUGCUGACGUCAUCAACAAGUCUUCCAGCAACAACACGCAAAAGGUAGCAGAGAGCGUAAGAGUAAUGCCUCGUUCACCUCUUCGUAAAGACUUGACAACGCAUCCAUGUCUACAAGACAAGUUCUCAGCACUUCGCGAUCAGUUGAACGAGUUCGGCGGUUUCGUCGUAGGACUUUCACGAGGAAGGCAUAAGACGCAAGCCCAUACGUAUAGGAAUCCCUUUGAUAUUCAGCGGAGAGACUUAUUAGAUCAGGUAGUACGAAUGCGAGCGAACUUCCUGCAACCAUCUUUAGCACAUACUCGCCUGGUCGACGAGGACAGCGUACACUCCAUGCCGGUCGCGCAGAUGGGCAACUAUCAAGAGUAUCUGAAGAGAAUGACGCCGCAGUUAGAGAUCGAGUCCCAGCCUGUGCGGCAGCAUAUGUUCGGCAACCCGUUUAAGAUAGACAAGCGCAUGAUGGUAGACGAGGCGGACAUGGACCCAGUUGGCACGGUGCGGAGCGGCGGCGGCGGCGGCGGCAAGCGCGGCGCCGACAGCCCGCGCGCCGCGCCGCCCAAGCGCAAGCGGGCCCCGGCCCAUGUCGUCGCGCGUCGCCCUCCGACCCCGCGCCGCGCCCCGACCCCGCGCCCCACCCGCAGCCCCACCCCGCCGCAGCCCGCGCCCGCCGCGCCGCUGUCGCCCGCCACGCAGCGCCGCCCGCCGCUGGCGCCUGUACCCUCUGAUCUGCCUUCUGGAAGGCCUCCUGAGGAGCCACCUAACAUGGAUACAGGCGGCCCGGCCAUCGGUCCAGCAUCGCCGCCUGCGUCUCCGCCUGCAAUCGCGCCUCCCAACCUGCCGCCUGUCGUCAAACCCUUCCUCAAUGGAGACGCGUACACGACAAUGGGCAGCAAGAUGUCCCGGUCGCCGUCGCCGCCGGGCGAGGCGCCGCCCGUGCUGCACGACUCGCAGGAGCUGCAGAUCAACGCCAUCCUGCAGGGCGUGGCUGCCGAGAACAACUCUAAUGCUCGCUCGAGGAAGAGGAAACGAAAGAACGAUAAACAGCCACUACAGUUGACGAUGCCGCCGCAGCUGACCCGCAAAGAGCUCGCGGACAUCAGGAAGCACAACCUGGACGUACGAUCUGAAGUGUUCCGCGCUGUCAGACGACCUGGGAAAGAUUACACGAAACUGUUCGAGAAUUUAAAACAAUUGCAAGGUGGUGUGGACGUUAAAAAGGAAGUGAUACGCGAAGUUAUAAACGAAUCGUUAAGGUUUAAGCGAAAGGCCCUCGCCAAGCUUUUGGAAGACUUUUUAGCGGGACUAGAGAAAAACGGAAGCAGUGCCUCUAUUACCAUGAAGAGAGUGAACAACUCAGUGAUGUACAGUAACUCCAACAACCACAGCUAGUAAAAGUGAACCCUGUGGACAUUUAAUGUGAUGUUAUGACUGGCCACAUUUGCUGUUCAAAGUCGGGAACUUAGUUCGACGGAUUUACGACACGUAGAUAUUUUAAACAAUGGACACAAGCAUGUGCUGUUAUGAUAUUAAUUUCUGUGUUAAUUUUAUUGUAACAAGCCAGUGAACGUUGAUAUUCUGAUUGUUAUUUCUACCAUAGAAUAAUUAUAUUCGAUGAUUUUUGUAUUGCGAUUCCGCCUGAUAAGUAGUCAUGUCGUCAGUGUACAGUAAUAACACGAGAUGCGAUGUAAAUGAUCUCACAGGCUCAGCGGUGACUCACUGUUGAGCGAAUAGUUAUUGCAUUGUAUGCGAAUCAUUUUGUUUAUAAGAUACUAAGCAUAUUUUGUCAAUCUGUUAUGAAUCUUAACAUUAAAACUGAAAGAGUAUAAGAGUUGUUCUUUAAGUAUAGUAGAAACAUUAAAACAUUCAUAAGCGAAAUAUCAUCAUAUCAUAUUUAUGUUUCAUUAACUUCAAAGCAUUUUAUGAAAACGUAUGCAUUGCAGCCAUGUCUUGCUGAAUUGUAACAAAGUUUAUUGACCAAGGAACGUGAAUUUGUGUCGGCCAAAACUAACAGUUUUCCUGUCAUUUUGAUAUUUUGUGUCUUACACAUACAAUGUAUAUGAAGCAAUAUAAAAUUUGGUUUUAUUAUCACAAAGUGUCUUAUCCAAAGUGGCAGUAAAAUCGUGAGUUUCAUGUUGUAAAUAAAGUUGUACAUAUUAUUAGAAUGUUAUAGUUAUUACCAAUGGAAUGUAUGUGUAGGAUGCUUUUAUGCAUCGGUCACUGCGACUGUUAAUGUGGCUGGAUGGACCUGACAGAGAUAGAUAUUAAAUAUUGUUAAUAGAUUAAUGUAUCCAGGAAUGCUCAUACAUUUUAUGGACCUGAUGAAUUUAAUAAAGACAUUUAUAUAAAAUGUUAGUAUUGUCAUUAUUGACUUCCUUCAGUGGAAUUUUAAAUGUUUUUUAUUAAAAAUACUAUACGCGUUCAUCACGGUUUGUCUGUGUUACACGAUAUUGUGGACACUUGUACCAAAGUAUAGUUUAUUUUGGAUGUUCUUUAUCGGGAAACAUCAUUACAUAAAUAAAAGAGAACUGUGAUACUCGAAAUUUUAAAUUAUCGAAUAUUAUGGGUGACCCGCCACAUUAACAUGAGUUCGGUCAAUUGUAAAGUGUAAUAUAUCAUUUUUUAAAUAAAUUAUGAUCCUUAUUGGAUUUUUA